UCAAAUCUAUCCAGCCAGGCAAGCCAUAGCCACACCAUCAAUUCACAGGACUUGAGCCAGCCAUGGCGACCAGAGCUUUGCUUGCCGUUAUAUCUGCGUCUCCGAAUCGCUGCUUCAUCUCUCCGAGCAGGAUCAAAAUCCAAUCUUUAACUUCCUCUUCUUCAAGUCAUUAUUACCAAAGACGACAGAGUAGAAAAAUCCACAGAAUAGCUCCAAGUUACUCGUCUGACUCGGAUUCCUCCGUUCUUCAGCCGCCGGACGUGUCCCGUCUAGCUCAGACAGCUCGAAUCUCUCUAACUCCGGACGAGAUAGAGGAAUGUGAAACUAAAAUUCGUCGAGUCAUCGACUGGUUUGGGCAGCUUCAACAAGUUGAUGUUAACAGUGUGGAGCCAGCUAUUAGAGCAGAAAUGGAUGGCGGAAAUUUGCGAGAGGAUGCUCCAGAAACAUUUGAGAACAGGGACAGUAUAAGAGCUUCCAUUCCAAGCUUUGAGGAGGCUUAUUUAAAAGUCCCUAAAAUUCUUAACAAAGAGUGACUUUUUCAGCUUCUUGGAUUUGUUUGCCUGGAGAGAUUCAUUCUCAGAUCCGGUUCUUGUUCCAGCAUCUAUGUUUUAUAAAAUUGGUUAGGAGAAAACCAAAUUGCCUCAAAAAUUGUUAAGUCUCACGUAGGCUAUCACUCUCUACAACAUUUUGUUCACAGCCUUGUAUGCAUAUGAAACUAAAACUCAAUUUUGUUGAAUAAAGUGUCUGUGAUGGGCCGUUUUGAUCCCGGCCUAUUUUGAAUCCUCUGCGUUUUUU